AUGCACAACAGCACCACCGAAAUUCCGCACGCUGCUGAGACGCGUAACGAGACUUGGCCCAGCCAGGCGCCGAGCUCCGAGUUCCCCCUGGGUGUGUUGGCGCUGCUGGCUUUCCUCAUGGUGUUGCUGUGUCUGGUGACCAUCCUUGGCAACAUGCUGGUGAUCCUUGCUUUCAUUAUGGACAGGAACCUGAGGCAUCGGAGUAACUAUUUCUUUCUGAAUCUUGCUGUUUCUGACUUUGCAGUGGGUGUGUUCUGCAUGCCCCUCUACAUCCCUUACAGCCUGACAGGGAAAUGGCACUUGGGAAGAGGCAUCUGCAAGAUCUGGCUGGUCAUGGACUAUCUCCUCUGCACAGCUUCAGUGUUUAACAUUGUUCUUAUCAGCUAUGACCGUUUCCUGUCAGUCACUAAAGCUGUAUCUUACAGAGCCCAGCAGGCAAUAACAUCCAACCCUGCCAUUGAGAUGGUGGCCAUCUGGCUACUUGCCUUCCUCCUGUACUGCCCAGCCAUCCUGUUUUGGGAGCACGUGGCCGGACACAGCGUGGUACCAGUGGAUCAGUGCUACGCUGAGUUCUUCCACAACUGGUACUUCCUCCUGUGUGCAUCCACCCUGGAGUUCUUUGUGCCCCUGCUCCUGGUGACCUACUUCAAUGUGCACAUCUUCCACAACAUCCAGCAGCGCCAGCGGCGCGGCAGCGUGCAGGACUGUGAGCAUGCCAGGAGGAGCAGCCUGUCCUGGAGGUUCUGUGGCUUGCCAAGGCCAGGGGCAUCAUCUCCUUCGUCAGAAGCAGAGGACAGUGGUUCUUCUUCCAUGAGACCAAAGAAAGAGUCUUUGGGAGCUGACUGCUCAUCUCCAUCCACAGACAAUUCUGUAACCCCAGGAAAUGACUUUUCUGUUUCUUUCUGUGCAAAGACCAGAUCAAAACUGCAACGGGACAAGAAAAUAGCAAAGUCUCUUGCCAUAAUUGUCUGUGUGUUUGCCAUUUGCUGGGCACCAUACUCUUUAUUAAUGAUUAUCCGUGGGCCCUGCCAGGGAAAUUGUGUCCAUAACUUCCUGUAUGAAGCAACGUUUUGGCUUUUGUGGAUCAAUUCCUCUUUGAACCCAUUUCUUUACCCUCUCUGUCAUGUUAAAUUUCGAAUGGCUUUUCUGAAAAUUCUAUGUCCCAAAAAGUUUGCAACAUUGAGAUCAGAUUCUUUUUAGAAAGAAGAAAAACAAGGUCCAAGAGGAGAUGGAUGAGGGACGUAAGUAGCCACUGUUUGAAAUUAGAUUUAGUCUUUUCCAUAAGAUUAAACUAUUUGCAGAAUCUAAAUAAGCCUUCUGUGAAAUGUCCUCCUGCAGACAAAUGUGCAUGACCAAGGUUUGUGUACUUUUCCCAGCUAUUUGAAUUGAUUAGGUAAAAGCUAUUGCCUCUGUCUGACUUUCCCAAGUAGUCUAUACACAUUAUCUUAAUUCUGAUUGCUGAAAAUGUUGUCUUCAAUUGUAGUACCUCUUAUAUUUGUGUUCACAGAUGAUAUUAGUUAAAAAUACAAUAAAGUUAUAUAUUACCCUUAGGGUCAAUAGUAUUCUAAAGUUGCUCUCUUCUCUGUUCUACUUCUUUUGAAUGAUUUGCAUUCAGAACCCAAUUUUUGCCUAUAUGAAACAUCCAAUGAAGUUAUGAUUUUUGUUUCCAGGCACAUAAAAGGAUUACUUCCUUUCACUAAUGGUUUUUGGCCAUCAGAAGCUAAGAGGAACUACAUUCAAAAACUUGCAUGUAUGUGUUCUCUGCAGAAGGGCAUUGCUCACUGUGUUUGUUCAGAUGCAGCAGUAGAGAAUUCAGGGGUGUAAAGCAUUUAUGUGGAUGUCCAAGUAUUCUGCAAGAAACCAGCUUUCUUCAGAUGUAGUUUUGAGAGAUCAUAGAAAGAGAAGUGUUUGUUCUUACUCCUUGGGGAAAAAAUCCAAUUCUGUUUCUGUUACAAGCCCUCAGCUGGAGGCUGUGAUAAAUGGUAUAUUUCUUACACACUGUGUAAGGCUGUGUUUGUUUUUCUGCAUGAGCCAGGAAAAUGGCUGGCCUGGAUGGCUGCCUGUAGCAUGUGUGGUGAGAGCUGAGACAGCUUGGAGGUGAUCUUCUUUCAAUACACAUUUUCCACACUGUUAAGGACUAUUUACUUGCAUGGCUCUGGAAUUACCUGAUAUUAACUUCCUUACAAAAUAAACAGGCAUAACUUUAAAAUGUAAAUAAUUUCUUUUCAUCACAUGGUCAGUAAGUAUAAUGCUAGAAAA